GCAAAAUGGCUGUUCAAAUGUCAGCAACACACUGAAUGAGAUUUCGCUUUGAUUUCUUCCAUUAUUUCGGGUUCAAUUCUACAGAUCGAUACAGAAAUAUGGCCAAGGUUGCAGUUGCUCCGGCUGUUCAUAGUUUUUCUGAUCUUCGACCAUCUUCGCGUGCACUAACGAUAACACCUCGGCCAGCUUCCAGAAAGCCAGCUGGCUUUGGAACACUUGAUCGUCCUUCAUCUGGAAACAUUUCUCGCGGGCGGAAUGUUGCUGUUUCUUCACGUGGAUCAAAAGGGGUUGCAUCAAGUAUGUUAAUCAUACGCCCUGGAAGGCGGGAUUCUUCUGGUUCAAGUUUAGGUUCACCUAAGUCUCCAGACGCAAAUUUGAGUUUUAUAGAGAUCGAGUCACGUCUGAGAGAAAAGAUCCGAGUAAAUGCCGCUGAACUGCGUCAGGCUCUGCAAACAUUUGAUGCAGAAAAGACUCACACAGUAACUCAAAGUGAAUUUAAAAGAGCUCUGGAUUCGUUCUGUGUUCCUCUCACCGAGGAUCAGUUUGAGCAACUCAUUAAAAAGAUUGGUACAAACAGAGAUGGGUCAGUAUCAUAUAUAGAGUUCUUAGAGAAGUACCACCAGAGAGGAGGAACACCAGAAGGGUUACGAUUGCUUGGCACUCUACACAAGUUUAACCAAACAAAAUCUCCAGGAGAUGCCUUACCCAUUGAUGAGAUUGAGAACCAGUUAAGGAGAAAGAUGGGUGGUCAACUACAAAGUGUGAUGAAGGCUUUAAGACUCUUUGAUUAUAACAGAGAUGGUCACAUACAGAAACAUGAGUUGAAAAGGGUUAUAGAAAACUUCUGCUUCAGGCUGACAGAUGAACAGUUUAACAAGUUAUGGUGUAAAUAUGACAUGACUCGGAAUGGUCACACUCUAGAGUACAUGGACUUCCUCAAACGGCUUGGAGUUAAUGCAAAGCCUAAGAAUCAAACAGCAAGUAAAACAGGCCAAGUUGAGGGUCAACAGUUGGUGAAACUUGCCGCAGUAAACAGUCGACCCAAAUCAGGCCAAGAGAGGAAGCAAAGUCCUCCUGUUCUCACCAUUGUAGAACUUGAACAUAAACUCAGAAAGAAGAUGUUAGAAAAUCACAGCAAUAUUACUCGUGCUUUUGUGGCAUUUGACAAGCGUGGGGAUGGUUUUGUAACCUUAGAUGAACUUAAAAGAGUUCUGUUCAACUUUGCCUUUCCAAUGUCUGAUAAACUGUUUGUGGAGCUGAUGGACAGGUGUGGAAUUCGUGCAAAUCACAAGAUACCUUAUGAACAGUUUCUUGAAAAAUUCCAGGCACCAGUAACAAAAGGAAAUGGACAGACUAUUCCAAUCAAACCCAAUCAUAAGUACAAUCCAGUGCGCGAAGCGGAACAAAUGCCAACCACAGAUGACAUAUGGAAACUCCUCCAUUCAAAGAUCAUGAACAGUUUCUCAUCCAUCAAGCAAGCCUUUCUUGUUUUUGAUGAUAAUAAAGAUGGUCGUGUCACAAAACGUGACUUCAGGCGUGUCCUAGAAAGCUUCUGUUUCCGUAUGAGUCAACAGCAGUUCCAUGAGUUGAUGGCCAAGAUUGAUCCUUACAACAAAGGCUAUAUUUCCUACCUAGAUUUCCUGGACAGAUUUGAACAAAGAGAAACAGAGGGUGCACACCCUUGGCUGAUGUCAGAUCAUUCACCAAAAAGUGUCUCCCCUCCAGCCGUCAUGGCUUGGUCCACUGUGGAAGACAUCUUGCGCGCAAAGAUUACAGAUAACUGGAAAGCAAUUGCCUCAGCAUACCUUGGUGUUGACGGAGACAGAGAUGGAUCCAUAUCACGCGAUGAACUGAGGCUACUGCUGGAAAAAUACUGCCUUCCUGUCUCUGAUGAUCAUUUUGAACUGAUGUGGAGUCGGGUAGAUGAAGAUUCAAAUGGAACUGUUGAUUUUCAAGAAUUUCUUGCUAAACUUGGUGUGGACAUUGUUGGCGGGGACAUCAACGGUUUAAGCAGUAGAAUUCAUGAUGAAAGUGAAGCGAAGGCUCAGUUUAUGAAACAAGACCAGUCUACAAGACUGGAACUUGCGGAAGAGAGAGCCCUGAACCUCACAGGCCAGAAAACUGCUAAUGAAUGCAUGGAGAUCCUUAAGGAGUACAUCUCUCAAAGGUCACCAGACUUCCGAAAAACUUUUGUCAAAUUUGACAGCGAUGGAGAUGGAAAAAUUUCGAGAAAAGAAUUCCGAUUGAUUUUAGACAGUCUGGGUUUAUACAUGACAGAUGAUCAGUUUCGCAUUCUCAGUGCCAGACUGGGAUUUCACAAAGGAAAGAUUACAUAUAUGGAAUUUCUGGACCAUUUUCAAGAUCGACGGUCCUUUGGUGUCGGAGAAAAAGCACCCGAAUACCCAAGUCACAGAUACAACCUCCCGGUGCCUCAAGAAGAGUCGAUGAAAGCAAGUGUAGUGGAGGCGAAACUGAGAAGCAAAUUGCGGGAGAGCUUCCAGGACCUACGUGCGGCGUUUCAGAAGAUAGAUUAUGACCGGAAUGGGCUGAUUACCAGACCGGAAUUCAGGCGCAUUCUGGACUCUUUCAUGUUCCUGUUAUCAGACGAGGAGUUCGACAAGCUCAUGUCAAAUCUCGGAAUACAGAAAGGAGCUAAAUUGAAUUACAGAGAAUUCUUGAAACGGUUCGAGCAUGUUGAGACUGUUGAAGAGGGACAUCCAUGGCUGUACUCUAACCACAGCUUCAAUGAAACACAGGAUCUAAAUUACUUGAGCGCCGAGCAAGCGGAUGUCAUCAUCAGAAGGAAAGCCUGGGAGCAGAAUGCAGACUUGUCAAAAGCUUUCUUGGCUUUCGACCGCGAUGGAAACGGAAUAGUUACUAAGAAGGAGCUUAGGAAAGUGCUCUAUCACUUUCAGAUCCCGGUCAGCAAAGAAGAAUUCAAGAAAUUGUGGGAAAAGUAUGACACUGAUAGAAAUGGCUAUGUGGAUCAUCAUGAAUUCCUAGCCAAGUUAGGAGGGGAGAUGGCGCCAGGUGAUGUGCACGGACCAAGCACUCAGAUAACUGAACAGAGCCAACAGGUUAUGGAGAGUAUGUACAGGAAACAACAGGACAUGCACAUGGCUGCCACACUCAAUCAAGCUCAGGCUGCUUCGUUCUUAUCCGCAAUUGAAGUUGAACAACAGCUGAGGGAUCGUUUUCGUGACGGCUACGAAAGUUUGAGGAAAGCAUUCGAGACAGUUGACAAAAACAAAGAUGGUUACAUAUCGAGGAACGAACUGCAGAAAGUUCUGUUUGACUUUCACUACUUCCUGGAUGAUGUUCAACUCAAUAUUCUACUCGACAGGUGUGGUCUAUCCGGGAAGAACAAGCUUUCUUACGAGAAGUUCCUGGGCGCGUUUCAAGACCAGAGGCUUACUGGGUAUGGGCGCGUUACCUUGGAUACACCUGGCAAAGUUUUCACGCCGGUGCUGUUUGAGAGACACGAUUCACUUUCACCUGAAGCCGCCAUCAACAGACUUAGGAACAAAAUCGGCGAAAAUCCUGAAACUAUCCAAAGAGCCUUCGCCGCGUUUGAUCGAGAAGGAGUGGGACUGGUUUCUAAGGAAGACUUGCAUCAAAUAGUCAAUGCGUUCUGUUUUGUGAUGUCUGAUAAACAAUUUCAGGCACUCAUGAAGAAGGGAAACUUUGGAGAAGGAGACUUGAUAUCAUACGAUGAUUUCCUGAAGAGCUUUCAGAAAUCAGACGCCGAGGCAACUCGCAAGUGGCUGGAGAAUUUGUAUCCCUCUUCUGAAAAACGCCAAAGAACGGCCGAUAACUUCACCAAGCGGUCGCGUGUUAUGACUGAUGCCGACGUAGAGAAGAGAGUUCGAGAAGUUGUAGUGGCGCGAUUCUACAGUCUUGCAAAGGCCCUCACAGACGAAGACGUUCACCACAGUGGGACAGUUAGCGCCAGUGCUCUUCAUGAGAUACUCAAUCAACAUGCCUUCCGUAUGACAAGUGAUCAGUUUAACCACAUUUGGAUGAAGCUUCCGAAGAACUCCGAUGGUGCUGUGGAUUAUAGGGAGUUCUUGAAGAUAUUCUCUACAAGACCUGAAAUAACACGAGCAGCGUCUGCAACACCACCUCAUUCACGCGAUAGAAGGGCAUCAUAUGAGCCCGCAAUGUCUCCAGUCCAUACGCCUGUUAGGAUCCCCUCACCUGAAUCUUUGACCCCGCCCCUCUCAGCAAGUGACGUAGAGAGGAAUAUAAAAGACGCGAUCUGUCGUCGGUGGCAGCAGAUUCAGAAAUCCUUCAGGAACAUCGACAGUGGCAACAAGGGAACGGUGGAUUUUGAACAAUUUAAAGAUGUCCUUUUGAAACACGACAUUCAUUUAAGCCCAACCGAGUUAUUGUCUUUGUGGAGAAAACACAGCAGUGAAGAAAAAGGAGGAAUUGUGUACAAAGAUUUCAUGCGGCAUUUUGUAUUAAAUUUGAAAUCUCAGGAGGGAAACUCUCUUACUAGACCCAAAUUGCAGCCAAGCAGAAUGCCGACAAGUCCAGGAUACAGGAGUGACCGGUUAAUCGAACUAAUGGCCACUAUUCGAGCACCAAUAAGGCGUGAAUGGAAGGAAAUGAGGAGAGCAUUCAGGGGUCUUGACAAAAGUGGAAACGGAACUUGCUCACUUGUCGAGUUCAGACAGAUGAUGAGAAAAUUCAAGGUCGACUUAAAUGAAGAGGAGUUUUUCCACCUGUUUUCGUUUUACGAUAAGAACAUGACAGGAAGGAUUUCUUACAAUGAUUUCCUUAGAGCUCAUUUAGAGUAGGAUGUUACACUUUAGAGAACUCUGUGAGAUGUAGUGAGCUGACGAACUUGAGAGAAAUGUUGGCAUCGUUUAUGUUCAGUUGUUAAUUUACACACGAGAAAAGGAAUACUGUUCGUCCUUAUCGAACACUGUACAUAUUUCAAUCUGGUGAAGGAAAAUUGAAAUUCUGAAUAAUUUGUGAUGUGGUGGUCAGGGCUUGUGAGGUGAUGUAAGAAUCUUAGCUAUGAAUCUCGAUCGUAUUUUUGAUUAAAAGGUAGAGUGUCCUGCGUGCUUAUAUCUCAGAAUUACAAUUAAAUUACUGUUUUACUGUUUAAGAAAUCAAUAAAGAAGAUA